AGAUAAAUAAAAAAGAGAUAGGUAGGAAUAUAAAACAUCCAUAUAAUUUUCGCCUUGGAGCCGUCCGAAGUAAUAUAAGCAGAAAGCUAAUUUUGAACAUGUUUAUUGUUUUUUAAUGGUGUGUUACACUAAUACCAGGUAGCUAGCCAACACACCACCACGAACUUGGCGAGAACCGGCUAGAACCGGCUGGCACUGACAUGUCAUUUUGCAUGCCUAAGUUAGCCUAAGAUAGUGGUGAUUUCGACAUAAAUAAAACGCUUUAAUUCAGUGUACAGCCCUCUACAAAUUAUGGCGAACCGUAUAAUAAAAUGAUUUUAUUGAAACGUCGUAUCAGUUAUCGUGGUUGGUAUGAAGUUCAAUACUGUCAACAACACAAGUGAUCAUCGUUAUAUGAUUUCUGCAAAGAAUUAUUAUUAACAUCUAGUCUACCUACUUUUACCAGACCGACAUCUUGAACAAUAGGCCUGUCCACGUGAGCUGGAACAUAAUCCGUAUUUAACGUUACCCAGUACAGGUGGCAUGUGUUCACAACACAAUCAAAAACAAAAUAAUUUAAGUAUACAUUUAUAAAUGCAUUAUUAAAUAAAAGAAUGAUAGCGGUAACAGACAUUUCGUUUGCAAACAUACGAGUCGAGUGAGAAAUGUCGGGUCGUCCAUUUUGAAGCAUGUCCACAACACGAUAAUAUGGAGUCAAAAUACGCAUACUUUUAAAUAUUUGUCUGAAAUUUUAACAACGCCACUUUUAUUUUCGUUGUUUUCUUUCAACGGUGACAUUGUUUUCAAAACAAUUUUUACAAAUAUGUCCAAUUUCGUGGGAAAAUCUACUUUGGGUUCAACGCUAUUUUUAGAAUGCUGAUGCAUUGUGGGAUACGAGUAUAUAUAAAGCCCUCGCUGUAAAAUUGUACAAGCCCAAAGCCACGAUGAAGGUUGUCGACGAUUACGAAACAACUUUUACCAUUAACGCCGCAAUCACACAGUUGGAUAAGGAUAUAUCGACAAAGUUAAAGGUGAAUGGCAACUAUGAUAAGAACACAAGACGCAUUUCAGAUGGCAACUGCUCAUCAACUGGGACAUCCCCAAAACAGGGUCGCAAAUGUGGACGUCCUGCCAACCCUGUUCCUCGACACAAGAGAGAUUCCCACAUCAAGGCAGAAUAUAAACGCAGAGACAAAAUACAGAAAGGCUUUGAUACGCUGAGAGAGUUGGUUCCGGCUCUGGAAGACUGUUCCCCGAAGGAAAGCAAGUCGGCUAUGCUGUGUAAAACUGCCGUGCAUUGCUGCCAGGGUAAGGCCGAGUCUAAGGCUCGACAAGACGAGAUCAGUGUCCUUCGGCAAGAAAUACAAGCCUUGGGGUCUGACAUUCAUGAGCUGCAGAAUCGUCUGCCCGCAGCCGGAAUAGAGAGUCUGGACAAGCCUCAAUAUGACUUGGACAAGCUGUAUGCAGACUAUGUGCGGGAUCGUACCUCGAAUAAUUGGAAAUUUUGGAUUUUCAGCUUUCUGAUGGACCCUAUCUAUAAGGCAUAUAAAAAUAUGACUGCCUCGGCUACCAGGGAUACCCUGGUCAAAUCAGUGAUGCAAUGGGCGGCUGAUCAUCUGUCCCUCACCAGCCUUCGCCCAGGAAUGCUUGAUUCACUGACAAGUUUGUGUAAAAAGACGAACAUCAUGACCAAGCCUGAGUGUCUAAGAGAGGAAGCAUUGUCCAGUUCACAGGGAUUCCCCUUUUCUGCCCCAGCCAGCCCAACAGCACCACAGAUACCACCAGUGUCUGGCCCUAGUCCGUCUGUAUCCCCAGGUCCUUCUGUGGUACACCACACACCCAUCCUGUCUAUCUCCGAGACCAGCACUCAUGACAGUAUGGAUAUGUGGACCCCCAUCAUGCAUCAUUCUGAUGAGCAGGUUGACCCCUCUGCCAGCAUUAUUGAUACCAUCAUGGCUGAAAGUGAGAUUCCUACAUCUAGUCAACUUUCUAUAGACCACAUGUUGUCGGACAGUCUUCUGGACAGUCUAGCCAAGCAGGUUGAUAUUUCCGACAAUUUACCGGACCUUGGUCACAUUCUACCCACCACAUCUUUAGACUCUCUAACACCAUCACACACCUUUGGUGGAGUUUUGUCAACACAAUCAAUGAACAGUUCUGUGAUAUCAGACCAUCAUUUCACACAGGCUGUGAACUUUGUACAAAUGUCUGAGCCUUUGUCUAGUAGUAGUUAUAGUGUAAUAGACUCAUGUAGGUUGGUGUUUACCUCUCCAAGUUGUGUCUCCAACAUACACACUGCAGGCAAACAGUUAUAACUACCAGCCAGGUGUUGUGGUAACACUGACAGCGAAAGAGAUGUACAAAAAACAUGUGAGAGGCGUGCAAGGGACAUUGAUACACAUGAGUGAAGUUUGAAAGAAAUACAAAUUGUAUAUAAGUCGAGAUUUCAAGGAGAAAAAUGUAUGUGUGUAGUUUGAGAGAAAUAUACAAGUUGAGUUUUCCAGGAGAAAAUACUAGAGAAAAGGAUGUUGUGAUAUAAAGUUGUGAGUAAGGUGAAAAUGUUAACUGUGAUUUGUAAAAAGCAUUGUUGUUAUAGUACAAUGAUAGAACAGCUAACCCUUGAAUGUGAUAUAAGAUGAUGGUAGCUAGCGUCCUGGAAAUCCUGUUUUAGUGGCAGUGUUAGAUGUUCACAGGUCAAUAGUAUUUUAUCUGUUAUAACAUGACUGGAACACAAACAUCAAUUAAUGGAAUACGGUCAAGAAAGAAUGAACUGAAUGUCAUGAAAAUUUACAUGAGGGAUCUUUGUACCACCACUUGCUUUGUUGCACAAAAUUACUUUGCCAUUCUGUGCUAAUUUUCUCUAUAUCUAAGCCUUUUAGAGAAAACACACAAUUUUUCAACAACAAAAAAGUGAUUAUUAAGGUAUCCUCCACUACUCGGGGUAAAAUAUUAUAUUUAUACCACAUCAACACUCAGUAGAAGAUGAAUACUACAGACAGGAGUUGAUGAUUGACCGGCCAUACUACCACAGACAGGAAUUGAUGAUUGACCGGCCAUACUACCACAGACAGGAAUUGAUGAUUGACCGGCCAUACUACCACAGACAGGAAUUGAUGAUUGACCGGCCAUACUACCACAGACAGGAAUUGAUGAUUGACCGGCCAUACUACCACAGACAGGAAUUGAUGAUUGACCGGCCAUACUCCUACAGACAGGAAUUGAUGAUUGACCGGCCAUACUACUACAGACAGGAAUUGAUGAUUGACCGGCCAUACUACCACAGACAGGAAUUGAUGAUUGACCGGCCAUACUACCACAGAUAAGAAUUGAUGAUUGACCGGCCAUACUACUACAGACAUGAAUUGAUGAUUGACUGGCCAUACUACUACAGACAGGAAUUGAUGAUUGACCGGCCAUACUUCUUGGGAAAGACUUUUCAGUAUUUAUAUUGAUUUGUUGUCGAAUUUUACAGAAAGUAUUAUCAAUUGUUAUUUGAAACAAUGCAUUGUGUAUGUGAACACCCCAGCUCCAUUAAACUAGUUGAGAUACAUGACUGCAUUACUAUGAAUACCAAAUGUGUACCAAAUUCUACAUUUAGUCUUGUUUUGAAGUUGUAUGAAACAUAUUUUGUUGUACUAUAUGUUAUUAUAUAUAUUUGUCAAAAUACAUCAAUCUUCCUAAU